AGCUCACACACUCUGAAGCUGUUCGUCUUUCAACGUCUUCAAAAGAAAUCUUUUUGUUUUUCAUCGGUCCGAUCAGACGCAGCGAUGGAGAAACUCGGUGUGGUCAUUUCCUGUUUGUUGAUGACGGUCGGGGGGGUGACGGCGCAGACAGUUCAGCCCAGCGAGCGUCUGCUCCCUCAGUGGCUCACCGGGAUCAUCGCCCUCGUCGGGUUCCUCUUCCUCACCUUCGUCGUCUUCCUGAUGAAGAAGGCGUGGUGUGACGAGUCCGGCAGGAAAAAGAGUUCGGCUGAGGCAGUGACAGGAAACGACUUCGUUUCGACCGAAGAGUCCACGAGUCUGGACCUGGUCAGGAGGAAAACGGAAAUGAGACAGGAAGAGUCCGAGACAGAAAACAUCUACGAGAUCACUCUGGACCUGGUCAGGAACGACGACAGGAACGCCUUCAACAACCACGCGUUUGAAAACACCGAAGAAAAGGUGACCUCCAUGUGACCGUCCUGCAGCGAUCCUAUUGGCUGAUGUCCUCUCCAACCCUUCACAAAAUCGAAACAUUCACUACAACACGUCCUGCAAAAAAAAAUGAAAUUGUCUUUUUGUUAAAAUGAUGUCUUUGUUUCGUUGUACCUGUUGUCCCAGGUGGGCGGAGCUUACUGUACAAAACGUCAGCUAUCCGCCAUGUUGAAAUGUCUUCUUUAAAUGUUUGUUUCUCAGAUUUUUCAUCUUGAAGUGCAGACAAACUCAUUUAGAAGAAUCACAGAGAUGAUUUUAAAGAUGACCUGUUACUGUUGUUUGUUUUUCUCGCUCUCUUCUCCUCGCAGACGACCAGGUGAUAAAACACGAGGUCGUCCGUCAGGUGAUCUGUGAGCUGAGUAAUAAAUGAUCUUUUCUAACAAA